AUGGCUCCGUCCUUUGACGUUAUCACAAACAAUAUGCUUUCCCAUCCACCACCAAUUGUUUGGCGCUUAGGUCAUGCUGGAAACGAAGAUGCUCUUGUUCGUUCUAGGCUCAAUUGUCCAAAUUUUGAGACUGAAGAGGAGUUUCAGCAUGCCAAGAGUCAGCAUUUGAACUGGCACAACAACAAAUCUACCCCAUUUCUUUCGACAUUUAUAAAUAAGUCGAGUGCAGAGAUGUGGGGAAGAAAAUUACUGGAGAAAGGAGGUGAUGUGUGGAUAUAUCCAGUGAAAACCAAUGGACUGAUUGUAUUCCCGACGACUUCGGACGAGCUUUUGAUCUUAGGAGGAAUUCCUAAUAGUAACAUUGGGAUGAAAGAGCAAAUCCAUUCAAUUAUUAACAAAGCUGAUUUGAUGUUUGAUGAAGCGUCAGACAUGAAUUUCGCCGAGGGAGAGGCGGUGCUAGCUGAUACAAACAGUCUGUGUUAUGGAAAUACUUGUGGAGUAGGUGGAUUGGUACAUAAUGAACGUACUGGUCUAGAAUACCGACCUGAUGAUGAUGCUGGUGUAGAGGAGGACGAAGAUUGGCUGGACUACGCAGAGUACCAGAUGGAUCAUUAA